AGUAACUCCAUGUCUUGGUUUCAGUUCUUUCAUCAGUGCCAAAACCCAGGAGCCAAGCAUCGGAGAGUUGCUGGAUGAUCACAGUCAAGCUCUCCUCAAUAGCAAGACCAAGGUGGUCACUUCAUAGGGGGCACUCACCUAGAGAUUGGAAGUGAGCACUUGAGAAGGAGGACGAGGACAAGGAACUCUGGUAGGUUCGAAUUGGAGGGGUCUUCAGGGAGAGGUUGUCCCCUUGCACUUGAUGAUUGACGAGGCCCUGGGUCCUCCUCAGCAGGCAAAAACCUAGGGUACAAAUUGAUGUCGAUGGGCGCUCUCUUAGUUUCCUCAUAGAUACUGGAGCCACCUUUUUGGUCCUGAGGGAAUAUUAGGGUCCCACGUUCCCUUCGUCCUCGCCUAUUGUCGGGGUAGGAGGGAAGAGCAUCAUUCCUCACAAUCUCCCCCACUUGUCCCAUAGAAAAGUUCCCAUUCACCCAUUCUUUCUUGGUUAUGCCUCAAUGUCCUGUACCCCUUCUGGGAAGAGAUAUUCUUUCCACCCUCCGAGCUACACUCUCCAUCCAUUGCCAAUCUCAUCCACACCCUCCUUCCUUUUAGCACUUCUGCCUGAAGAUUUUACGCUCCCCUUCUGCUCUCAACGUGAUACAUCAAUAGACGCCUACUCUGAAAGUCACUUUCCUACACCUGUACCACUGGUGGAUCCCAUAAUACGGGACAUUCAAAGUCCAUCCAGGGUAAAUUGCCCACCCAUUGUGGUGCAGCUUAAGGAUCCCUCCUACUUCCCCAGCCAGCCCCAACAACCUUUAUUGACAGCAGCUCUCAUUGGCUUAGAGCCAAUCAUAAAAGACUCAUUAACCAAAGGAUACAUUAGGCCCACACAUUCAUCGUGCAACACCCCCAUACUGGUGGUAAUAAAGCCCAGUGGCACUUACCGCCUGGUUCAAGAUCUUCGCCUCAUCAACUCCACUGUUAAACCCAUCCACCCGCUGGUUCCCAACCCCUAUACCCUUUUGUCACAAAUUCCUGCCGUAACCACCCACUUUUCUGUCAUCGACUUAAAGGAUGCCUUUUUCUCCACACCCCUAGCCAAGGAGUCCCAAGAUAUUUUUGCCUUCACAUGGACUGACCCUAAAACCAGACAUUCACAACAAUUCACAUGGACUGUUCUUCCCCCGGGGGGUUCAGGGAUAGCCCUCAUAUUUUUGGCCAGAUACCAAACCCUUCCAUUUCACCUGUUCCACCUCUACUCUUCUCCAAUAUGUAGAUGACCUCCUCCGAUGUAGCUCCUCUUUGGAGGCCUCAAAGGCUGAUACUGUUGGUCUCCUGAAUCAUUUGGCCAGUCGGGGGUAUCGUGCCUCUUCCCAGAAGGCCCAGCUUUGCUCACCCGAGGUCACAUACCUCGGAUGUACUCCUGCAGCAGACUGGCAGCUGGAUUUUACCAACAUGCCCCCAGUCAGGAGGUUCAAAUAUCUGCCAGUAAUAGUGGACACAUUUUCUGGAUGGGUAGAAGCCUUUCCCACCACAAAUAAAAGGGCAACCACCAUGUG